CCGCUUUAUCUUGCCGUGCUUGCAGUGAACGCAUAGUUUUUGGCACAUUUUUCUUCCAAGGCGUAAGAGUCUGUGUUGUGAGUUGGGAUUUUCGUUUGGGAAGAAGAGAGAAAUGUCUACUUCGGAGGAGGGGCAAGUGAUUGGCUGCCACACCGAAGCGGAGUGGGAGGAGCACUUCAAGAAGGGUCGUGAGUCUGGAAAACUGGUGGUGGUAGAUUUCACCGCAUCAUGGUGCGGACCAUGCCGUUUCAUUGCUCCCAUUUUGGCUGAGAUUGCCAAGAAGACAACGCAUGUUAUAUUCCUGAAGGUGGAUGUUGAUGAGCUUAAGACUGUUGCUCAGAAAUACAACGUUGAGGCCAUGCCUACCUUUUUGUUCCUUAAAGGUGGCGAAGAAGUGGAUAGGCUUGUGGGUGCCAAGAAGGAAGAUCUGCAGGCCCUAAUCACCAAACAUGGUGCUCACAUUGCUUCUGUUUAAAGAUAUAGUUACAUUGUCUGCUGAUGCUUGUAAUAAUCAUGAGGUUACGGCCUUCUGUUAUGGAUGUAUGCUACGUUUUAUGUGGAUUGUUCUUGUUAGUCUAAUGGAUUAAUCUAUGUAAGUUAAUGUAAUGGAGUAUUCCAAGUAUUUGUGACUACUUGAAGUUCUAACUUUUCUAUGUGGUUUACUGUAAAUUCUUUGAAUAU